GUCAGUUACUGCUCAAUUGAAGGUUAAUUCUGCUUCUAAAAUUAUACAUUGAUAAAUACCACGUGCGAACCCCCGUAUCCUAGACCUAGAUCUCAGGUACUAAAUAUGCCUUUCAACUUAAAAUAGUCAUUUUACGGUUUCUUUAAGACCUCUUUAUUUUCCUAGUUCGUGGAUGCGAUCGAUAAUGGCUCCCUGGUUGGAGCCAAGCUCCAAAUCUUGGGUCUCCCAGCUGGCCGGUUACAGUCUCAUUGCCACGGCCACAUAUAUCUACGCCAUCCAUAAGAUCGCAUCUCCUCGCACAGGGCUGGGCAUAUUCUUAUCCUUGAUAAUUAUUCGGUUCCUCGGUCACACCUGGCUAUCAUUCGUCAGUGAACAUGCCUCGAACCCGUAUCUGGACGAAGUAUUCCAUGUCCCCCAAGCCCAAGUCUACUGUGAUGGCAAAUUCGGUGUAUGGGAUGACAAGAUCACUACGCCUCCUGGACUCUACAUUUUAACGAUCCUGGAAAUGAGACUAUCAGGGCUUGCAUGUUCGGUGUACAGUCUCCGAGAGUUCAACGUAAAGAUCAUAUCUUAUCUGACUAUAGCUGUCAUCGCGUCUAGAGCUCAGCUUGGACAGCUAAGGGCAGCAAGCAAUGCGCGAACUUCAAGUCCGUACUCGGUAGACUCCUUCUGGAUAGGAAUCAAUGUCACUCUGUUCCCGGUCCUAUUCUUCUUCUCAGGCUUGUACUACACGGAUGUCCUCUCCACGUUUGCCGUACUGCUUGCCUACAUCAACCACCUGGGUCGCAUGUAUUCGGAUAGACCUUCCACAGCAAGUAACGUCCGUACGAUCUUUCUCGGACUCCUAGCAUUGAGCGUGAGGCAGACCAACAUCUUCUGGGUUGUGGUAUACAUGGGUGGCUUGGAAGUCGUUCAUAUCAUCAAGACUCUCUGUCCGGAAACCACAGCUGCUCCGGCAUUUCAAACGCUGUCCGAACAGAUCAGUUUUUACGUUCGGAGGUACUCGGUUGGCGAUAUCCAUGAUCCACCCCUAAACCUAGCAUACCCAAUUGACCUGGUCCUUUCCGCCGUCAGUAUUGCCAUAGCUGGAAUCUGCAACCUUGGGACUAUUAUACGUAGGCAGAUUUGGCCGCACCUUAUAGUCCUUGGGGCGUUCGUUGGAUUUGUCGUCUGGAAUGGUGGCGUUGUUCUAGGGGAUAAAUCUAAUCACGUGGCAACUCUACACUUAGCCCAGAUGCUAUAUAUAUGGCCUCUAUUCGCAUUCUUCUCGGCACCUCUUUUUAUCCCAUCGCUUAUAGAUCUAGCCAUAUACGUUCUACAAGUCAUCACUGGUUCUACUAAGUCAGAUUUACACUCAGAGAAACCCCGUGUUUCUGAGAGUAACCCAAGGGUAACAAGUAUACCCAAUCAGUCCGCAGUCCUAAAAGCAUUCAACCACAUCGGAUCGAGCCAUACCGUCCAUUCUCUCCUUGUCCUCGCCGGCGCUCUAGUGACCACCACCUUAAUCGUGCGAUACAACACUAUUAUCCAUCCAUUCACACUAGCCGACAAUAGGCACUUCAUGUUCUACAUCUUCCGAUAUACGAUCCUGAGAUCAUGGUGGAUAAGAUACGCCCUCGUCCCGGUCUACAUAAUCUGCGGCUGGUUGUGCUGGGUCGCUCUGCAAGGCAGCCCCUCAACCACACCACCUGCUCAGAAGCGCCAGUGGAUACUAACGCCAUUCAGCACCAAGGUUUUAGCCUUAACACCACCUCCGACCAGCAAAAAGUCUUUAGACGUGACCCUUGCAGCAGUGGAUACGGCAACAAUACCACCAUCUACAUCGACCGCGCUGAUUCUCCUCGCAGCCACUAUCUCCCUUGUAACGGCACCGCUAGUCGAGCCGCGUUAUUUCAUACUCCCGUGGGUAUUCUGGCGCUUACUCGUUCCAACGCGAUCUGCCUUCCCAUGGUUGGGAUCAACUUCAUUAAUCUCCCGGCACCUCGUACCCCUCCUUGAGACAGUGUGGUUUCUACUAAUCAACGUAGCAACUAUGUACAUAUUUAUUACUCGGCCGUUUUAUUGGCGAGGACCAGACGGCGAGAUGCUAGACGGUGGGAAUGUACAAAGAUUUAUGUGGUAAUUCUACCCUAUUUUUAAUAAUUAUUGAUCGACACCAUUCCUGCAUUUUCCAUAGCUAGUACAUAAAUAGACCUGCAAUCACAGGCAUUUGCCAGUGGAGUAUUCACACGGUCAAAAAUGAAAGAAUGGUCAGAAUGUUGCCCUCCGAACUUGUACUCUUAGUAUUCGAGGUAUAAUAGGAUUGGGAAUUCCUCUGAAGUACGCAUAUGACCUCCUUUUCUAGUACUAUCUUCGCAUACUAUGCAGCGAAUGUCAGAUUCUUAUCGUCGUCGCUUAAUGCGUCAAUUUCAUAUAUGAUGCCGUAUCGUUGUGUGAUGAGGUGAGAUGGUAAUGUCCGGUUUCAAGCCGGUGAUGCCGACUUCUUUUCUUUCUCUUAA